AUGGAGGGAGGAGAAGGGGAUGCCGGAAAUGGGGCUACUGCAGCUGCAGGAUCAAGUCCUCCGAGACCUGAGAUGGCAGCUCCGGCACCGGAAGGUGGCGGUCCGGUGAGUUCUGCCGCGGCGGUGGCGGGGAAGAAGAAGAGGGGAAGACCGAGGAAGUAUGGGCCGGACGGGAAGUUGAAUUUGGCGGCGCUGUCGCCGAAGCCGAUAUCGGCGUCGGCACCUGCACGGUCGGCGGUGAUUGAUUUCUCGGCGGAGAAACGUGGGAAAGUGCGGCCGGCGAGUUCGUUGAGCAAAACCAAACAUGAAACGGAGAAUUUAGGUGAAUGGGUACCUUGUUCAGUUGGAGCUAAUUUCACACCCCAUAUCAUCACUGUCAACACUGGUGAGGACGUUACGAUGAAGGUUCUCUCCUUUUCUCAACAAGGACCUCGAGCCAUUUGUAUUCUCUCUGCUAACGGUGUGAUUUCGAGCGUCACUCUUCGUCAACCCGAUUCUUCUGGAGGAACAUUAACAUAUGAGGGUCGUUUUGAGAUAUUGUCGUUGUCGGGAUCGUUCAUGCCGAGCGACAAUGCGGGAACAAAGAGUAGAACUGGUGGAAUGAGUGUCUCGUUAGCGAGUCCAGACGGACGCAUUGUUGGUGGCGGAGUUGUUGGUUUGUUAGUAGCUGCAAGUCCGGUUCAAGUGGUAGUAGGAAGCUUUAUAUUUGGGAACCAACACGAGCAAAAGUCGAAGAAGCCGAAACAAGAUGUUAUAUUACCGGUUUCUUUUUUUCCAAUUUCGAGUGUUGAACCGAAAUCAUACAUGACAACAACGACGACGACGACGACAACAUCUUCCCUUCGUGCUGAAACGUGGUCACCUUUAGUUCCAGAUUUAAAGAGUCAACCAACUGAUAUCAAUGUAUCGUUAACUAGUGGUUAAGAAAUACCAGUAUCGUAUUAUUGUUCGAUCGCAUCAACCACAUCGUCGUCGAGCUUCGAUUUGGGUAGGUGUUGUUCUUCGUUUUAUGUUGAUUAACAACUUA